CUUUCUUGUUACUUAUUUUUGUAAAUAUUUAUAAAAAAAGUACAAAGUUUAUUUUUAGAUAAAAAAGUUAAGCCUAAUUUAAAGAAAGAAGACACUUUAGAGAUAGAAUCAACUAGAUAAAGAUAAACACCGCUUUUAAAGAUUAUUUGAAUUCUUAAAGGCUAUAAAUUACUGAGUGUAUGGUUUAUAUAUUAAGUGUUUAUAUUUUUAAUAUAAACUUUCAAUUAUUAAAACAAAUUAUAAAUUAACACAAAUAAAUUCUUUAAAAAAAUACUGCUAGAAAAAUGAUUAGACCAAAAAUCGGAGUUGGUGUUUUUAUCCUAAACAAAGAUCUUAAUAAAUUCUUGAUGUCAAAGAGAAAAGAUUGCGGCAGAUUUGCUUUAAUGGGAGGUCAUCUUGAGAGAUUUGAGACUGUUUGUGAGUGUGCUUAAAGAGAAGUGCUAGAAGAAUCUAAUCUGUAAAUACCGCUUUAAGAGUACAAAGAAUAUCCUAUUGCUUUUAAUGUUAUAAAUAAAGAAGAAAAUUUUCAUUUUGCAACUUUCUUUGCUGUAGCUGUUAAACCUGAUGAUCAAGAAUUUUCUAACACUGAACCUGAAAAAUAAGAAGAUUGGGAAUGGUAUGGAGAAGAAGAGUUUAUUAAAGUAUAUAAGCAAAAGAGACUCUACUAUUCUAUUGAGUCUCUCUUUUAGUCUUGCAAUGAGGAUUUCAAUAUAUUAAUGGAUAGAAUUAAAUAGCUUAUCAAAUGAUUUUUAUAUAAAUUUAUGUAUGAUUGAUUAUGUUACUUAAUUAGUUUAUUAAAAAACUUUUAAUUUAUAACAUUUUUAUAUUUUUUUCAUAAAUAUUA